AUGAAUUCAAAUACUUAUACGGUAACAACGGGCCAUCAAUUGAUCAUUUUUACGGGACCACUUUAUCUCAUCUAUAAAGUGAUUACUACAAUUAAUUUAGCAAAAAAGAUCAACGAAGAAAAUUCGAGAGUGAAAGUUGUUCCCUUAUUUUGGAUGGCGUCAGAAGAUCAUGAUUUUGCUGAAAUCAAUCAUAUCAAUUUGUUACAGAAAACAAUAAUCUGGAAUGUGGAAAAUCAUGUUCAAGGUGCUGUUGGACGUAUCAAUAUUACGCAUAAUAUUCAAAAAACUAUUGAAGAAGUCAAAUUUAUUCUCGGUAGUUCGGAAAAUGCAUUACGAUUAAUUUCAAUUAUUGAAGAUGCGUAUUUGAAAAACAACACUUUAGCCGAAGCAACACGUUACUUAUUACAUCAAUUAUUUCAUGAUGAAGGAUUGAUUAUAUUAGAUGCUGAUAAUCAUGAUUUGAAAAAGAUCUUUGCCAAUAUUAUCGAGCAAGACAUUUUGACAAAACAGAGUUUUUACUAUAUGAAUGAAAUCAUUCGGCAAAUGCAUACGCAUUAUAAAGUUCAAGCAAAAUCAAGAGAAAUUAAUUUCUUUUAUUUGCUUGAUAAUUAUCGUGUAUUAAUUGUUACAGAUGGAGACAAGUAUAAAACAAAAGAUGAAAAAUACACAUUCACAAAAGAAGAAUUACAGAAAGAGAUACAAUCAUUUCCGGAACGAUUUAGCCCAAAUGUUAUAAUCCGACCCUUGUAUCAGGAGUUCUUACUUCCAAAUCUCGCUUAUAUCGGUGGUCCACAUGAACUUGCCUAUUGGUUCGAAUUACGAUCGAUGUUCGAAUCCUACAAAGUGAAUUUUCCGAUGUUAGUUUUGAGAAAAAAUGCAUUGAUAAUUGAUGGUAAUACGUUCGAACUUAUGAAAGAAUUUCGUAUUUCAAUAUCUGAUAUAUUCUUACCUAUCGAUGAACUUAUAACAUCAUUUGUUACUAAACAUUCAAAUGAUGACAUCAGUCUAAAAGAAGAAAUCGGUUUAAUUGAACAAUCGUUCACACAAAUUUUAGAUAAAUGUAAGAAUAUCGAUCCAUUAUUACAAGAUCCGAUUCGAACAGAAAAAUCCAAGAUGUUAAAAAUAUUAAAUCAUUUGGAAAAGAAACUCUUAAAAGCGAAAAAGAAAACAUUCAAUACUGAAAUUGAACAUUUGAGAAAAAUCAAAGAAAACUUAUUUCCAGCUGAAAACUCACAAGAACGUUAUGAUAAUUUCAUGAACUUCUAUUUAAGAAAAGGAGAUCGAUUUAUUCCUGAUUUAAUUAAUGCACUGGAGCCAUUAUCGAAAACGUAUACAGUAAUUUCAGAGACAAAAGAAGAAUUGUUCGAAAAAAAGCAUUUUUUCAAAGAAUAA